CAAUUAGUUUAAAUGAUAUAAUUGAAUGCAUUAUGUGUGUUAUAACAUCGGUAGAGGUCCCUUCAUCGUGUAUAAAUACUCAUACAGAGUGUGGUCGAUGUAGGAAUCCUUCUUGUUAACACCAAAACGUUAUUAUCUUUAUUAUUAGUUAAAAAAAAGUCACAAUAGGAGAUCUUAAAACCGAUUUAUCAAGUAGCUUUUAGGAAAAUUUAAUUGUAGGGCGGUACAUACAAUAUUUUAUUUGAAAUGAAGAUUUCAUUACCCACGUUUCAUCUUGAACAAAGCGACCUACCCACUAUGCUGAACACCAUAGGCUUCUUAUUGCGUCUGGUAACUAUCAAUAUCGAUGUAAAUAACAAAAAACGUAUCCCUUUGAUUAACUACGUAUUAGUAACAAUAGGGAUCGUUUGUUAUUUUUAUGUGUAUGUGUUCUCUAUGUCAUGGUUUAUUUUCAUACGAACCAGGGAAACGCGUGACUACGAGACCGCCACUGUAGUUGUUUCACUUUUGUUGAGUAGCCUGACAACUGUGACGAAAAUGAUGUUUUUUCUUUUCUGCAGGAAACCGUUGCAAAACCUCGUUCAGGAGUAUUUGGAAUACGAUGAUAGUAUAGGACCCGAAACGUCGUUCCACACUCACUUGCACAAAUAUUUACCGAAAAUAAAGAGGAGGGUGAUAUCUGUGUGGUCUUCAAUCAUGUUUCUGUUGCUUCUAUACGUAUGGAUCCCAAUUAUAAAGCCAGGCAGAAAUUUACCAGAUAAUUCUUAUGUUAUCUACGGUCUCGAGCCGACGUUUGAAACACCGAACUAUGAGAUCGCUUUGAUAACUAUAAUAAUAAGUGUUACCAUGGGUGUUUACGCGAUGACGUGUUUUCUAACGUUUAUUUUAAUAAUCGCCGGUUAUAUAGAAGCGCAGAUGCGCGCUUUGUCUGAUGAAAUAUUAGAAAUUUGGGACGGAGCCAUCAAGAAUUAUGAAAAAGUCGAUAGUAAAUUUGUUAAUAUAACAAAGGAUAAACAACUGAAUACAUUCGAAGGACUGUUCAGAGUGACAAUGGCUUUGGACUUUAUAAUUUUAAUGAUAACCAUAGUUGUUGAACUCUUCAAAAGAAUUGAGGACACGUACAUAGAACUUAUAUAUAGUUUCAUACAACUAAACGUCGCUUGUUACAUGGGACAGAAGUUGUUGGAUGCGUCGGAUGAGUUUGAAUUCUCCGUCUAUGACUGUCAGUGGGAGAAGUUUGACAGGUCCAAUAUGAGAAUGGUGCUGAUGAUACUUUUGAAUGCUCAGAAACCUUUGGUGAUAACAGCGGGAAAAAUAACCGUUUUGGACUACGUCUGCUUGAUAUCUGUUAUCAAGUCCACUUACACAAUCUACACCACACUGCAAUCUACUUUAAGUUAA